AUGGAGCAGAAAGGUAUACUCCUAUCGGCGUUGGGUGUGGGGAUGGGAGUCGGAGUUGGACUCGGGUUGGCCUCGGGUCAGACGAUGAGCAAAUGGGCCGGGUAUGAGGGCUUGGCCAACGGUAUAACUCCGGACAGGGUGGAGCAGGAGAUGCUACGACAGAUCGUUGAUGGCAGAGACAGCAAGGUCACCUUCGACCAAUUCCCUUAUUACCUCAAUGAACAGACACGAGUGUUGUUAACGAGUGCGGCCUAUGUCCAUCUGAAGAGGGCAGAGGUUUCUAAGUACACCCGGAAUCUUUCUCCGGCGAGUCGGGCUAUUUUGCUCUCGGGGCCUGCAGAAAACUACCAACAACUGCUUGCCAAGGCUUUAUCCCAUUACUUCCAGGCCAAGUUGCUGCUGUUAGAUGUAACAGAUUUUUCUCUAAAGAUUCAGAGCAAAUAUGGUACUGGCAAUAAAGCAUCUGCUUUUAAAAGGUCUACUUCGGAGAUGACGCUAGAUCGGCUUUCUGGUCUAUUUGGAUCAUUUUCAAUUUUUCCUCAAAAGGAGGAACCGAAAGGCACAUUACGCAGGCAAAGCAGUGGCGUGGAUUUAGGAUCAAGGGGACUAGAAGGUUCUAAAAAUGCUCCAAAGCUUCGUAGAAAUGCUUCUGCUGCAGCUAAUAUCAGUAACCUUGCUUCUCAGGGAUCUCCUUCAAACCCAGCUCCUCUUAAGCGAACAAGCAGCUGGUCUUUUGACGAAAGACUUUUCCUGCAGUCCCUGUACAAGGUUUUGGUUUAUGUUUCAAAAACCACUCCCAUUGUGCUGUAUCUGAGGGAUGUUGACAACCUCUUUUCUAGAUCACAAAGGAUAUAUAACUUGUUCCAGAAAAUGUUGGACAAGUUAUCCGGAGCUGUGCUGAUCCUUGGUUCCCGAAUUGUGGAUUUGGAUAAUGACUACAGAGACGUUGAUGAGAGGCUUACUGCACUUUUCCCUUACAACAUCGAGAUCAGGCCUCCUGAUAAUGAGUCGCAUCUUGUUAGCUGGAAGACUCAACUAGAGGAAGAUAUGAAAAUGAUUCAGGUUCAGGAUAACAAAAACCACAUAAUGGAAGUCCUUUCAGCUAAUGAUCUCGAUUGUGAUGAUCUAGGUUCAAUUUGCAUUGCUGACACAAUGGAUCUCAGUCAUUAUAUAGAAGAGAUUGUGGUAUCAGCUGUUUCUUAUCAUUUAAUGAAUAACAGAGAUCCUGAAUAUAGAAAUGGAAAACUUGUGAUUUCGUCCAAGAGUUUAUCCCAUGGAUUAAGUAUAUUCCAAGAGGGAAAGUUCGGUGGCAAAGAUACAAUUAAGUUGGAAGCACAGGCCGAAUUUUCCAAGGAAGCAGGAAAGGAAGGCACUACUGGUGUGAAUCUAGAAACAAAAGCUGACAGCAGUGCUCCUGAGGACAAAAGUGGAGCAGAGAUAGUAGCUUCAGUGGUAAAAUCAGAACCUGUAACCACAAAAACAGAACCUGCACCAGUGAAAACAGAUUCGGACAAUCCAGUCCCAGCUUUUAAAGCUCCUGAAGUUCCCGAUAAUGAAUUUGAGAAGCGGAUAAGGCCAGAGGUCAUACCAGCCAAUGAGAUUGGUGUAACAUUUUCUGAUAUCGGUGCCAUGGAGGAGAUUAAAGAAUCCCUUCAAGAAUUAGUAAUGCUCCCACUGCGGAGACCUGAUCUUUUCAACGGAGGCCUGUUAAAGCCUUGCAGAGGUAUAUUGCUAUUUGGUCCACCCGGUAGUGGGAAGACUAUGCUAGCAAAGGCCAUUGCUAGGGAAGCUGGAGCUAGUUUCAUCAAUGUAUCCAUGUCUACCAUUACUUCCAAAUGGUUUGGUGAAGAUGAGAAAAAUGUCCGAGCUUUGUUCACACUAGCAUCCAAAGUCUCUCCAACUAUCAUCUUUGUGGAUGAAGUUGACAGCAUGCUUGGGCAGAGAACCCGAGUUGGAGAGCAUGAAGCCAUGCGAAAGAUAAAGAAUGAAUUUAUGACUCAUUGGGAUGGUCUCAUGACUAAACAAGGAGAGCGGAUCCUUGUCCUUGCUGCAACUAACAGGCCAUUUGACCUUGAUGAAGCAAUUAUCAGGCGUUUUGAACGGAGAAUUUUGGUUGGGCUACCGACUCCAGAGAACAGAGAAAUGAUCAUGAGGACUCUGCUGGCAAAAGAGAAGGUGGAUGAACGACUAGAUUUCAAGGAGCUUGCAACCAUGACUGAAGGAUAUAGUGGAAGUGAUCUUAAGAACUUGUGCACAACAGCAGCCUAUCGGCCUGUUAGGGAGUUGAUACAGGCAGAGAGAGAAAAGGAUUUGGAGAAAAAGAAGAGAGCAGCAGAGAAACAAAAUCAACAAGAUGCUUCUGAAGAUCCAAAUCCGGAAGCCGUCUCGGAUACAAAGGAAGAACCGAAAGAAGGAAGGGUGAUCAUCCUCAGGCCCCUAAAUAUGGAAGACUUGCGGCAGGCAAAGAAUCAAGUUGCAGCUAGCUUUGCAGCUGAGGGAGCUAUGAUGAAUGAACUGAAGCAGUGGAAUGACCUAUACGGGGAAGGGGGGUCGAGAAAGAAGGAGCAGUUAUCUUAUUUCCUAUGAGACUGGUGGUAGAACCUAUAGUGAACUUCGACUGGUGGAAGUAUUAACACGUUGAUCUAGCCUCCAUCGUAUGUCAAAAAUCUCUCUCUUGUAUGUAUUACCUUCAUUUCAGUUCCUUUUAGUAGACACAACAGUCUUGAAUGGAUAAAUGAGAUUGUAUUA